AUGGUUCUCACCAUGCUGGGGGCUUUGUACCCCAGAGCUGGCCUGAGCCUGUUCCUCCUCUACCUCGUCCUGGCAGCUGCACUCCUCGGCCCCCAGCCUCUGAGGUCUCAGAGGUCUGUUCCUGAGGAGUUGUCAGGUCCCCUGGAACUCUCGGAACCCCUUUCCGGCCUGGUGGAUGAUUAUGGGGUCCGACCUAAGCACCCGUGGCCCCAUGGGCCUCGGCCCCUGCUCUCUCGAGCUCAGCAGCGCAAGCGGGACGGGCCAGACAUGGCUGAGUACUAUUACGACGCCCACCUGUGA